GAUGUGUGUGGCAAGGCCUGGCGGUACCCGAGCGAGCUGGAGGCCCACCGGCGGGUUCACACGGGAGAACGCCCCUUUGACUGCACAGAGUGUGGCAAGAGCUUCAAGACGGCGAAUCACCUGAAGGUCCACCAGCGAGUGCACACGGGCGAGAGGCCCUAUGGCUGCUCCACCUGUGGCAGGAGCUUCACCCAGUUAUCGGGGCUGCGGGAGCACCAGUCGGGGCACAGCAGUGAAUGGCCUUUCACCUGCUCCGACUGCGGCAAAGGCUUCAAGUCUUCGCCGGUACUGAAGGUGCAUAGGCGCCUGCACACCGGGGAGCGCCCUUACACCUGCACCCUAUGCGGCAAGGGCUUCACCCACUCCAAAAACCUGCUGGUCCACCAGCGCAGCCACACCGGCGAGCGCCCCUACACCUGCACCCAGUGCGGCAAAGGCUACACCCGCUCCAGCAGCCUGCUGGUGCACAAGCGCACUCACACCGGCGAGCGCCCCUACAUCUGCACCCAGUGUGGCAAGGGAUUUACCCGCUCCACACAUCUGCUGUCCCACCAGCGAGUGCACUCCGGUGAGCGGCCCUUUGGCUGCUCUGACUGCGGCAAGGACUUCAAGGAGGUGCAACAGCUGAAGAUCCACCGGCGAGUGCACACGGGCGAGAAGCCCCAUGGCUGCUCCACCUGCGGCAAGGGCUUUGCCCGGUCGUCGGGCCUAUGCCAGCACCGGCGGGUGCACAGCGGUGAGCGGCCCUUCACCUGUUCUGACUGGUAAAUGUUUCAAGUCGUCCGCUCACCUGAAGGUGCACAGGAGCCUGCACACCGGGGAGCGGCCCGAUACCUGCAGCGACUGUGGCAUGGGCUUUACCCAGUCCACCAGGCUGCUAGGGCACCAGCGCACCCACGUCAGCGAGUGCCCCUAAACCUGCGCCCAGUGCAGCAAGCGCUUCACCUGCUCCACCAAGUUGCUGUCCACCUGCGGGUGCUCGCCGGUGACCGUCCUGUCCCCAGCCCGGUGUGUGGAGAGCGCUUUGCCAUGACCUCCCACGCCCAGUCUCACCAGCACAUGCACACCAGUGUCCAGCCCUACGUACUGUGGUGAGGCGUUUGACAGCUUGCGGGGGUUGCAGCAGCACCGCCGGGCCCACGUCGGCGAGCAGCUUCUCCCACUGUGACAAGAGAUCAUGGGGGCUGCGGGAGCGCCAGGGGAUACACACCAGAUACACCCUUUGUGUGGCAAGAGUUUCACCCGCAUGUCCAGCCUGUGGCAGCACCGGCGUA